ACGUGCACACACUUCACCAGGAUAUCCUUCUGCGCUGGCAGUUUAUAAACGACAACAUUCUGUACCUCCACUCAGAGCAAUCUUUCCUGUCGUCUGGUUUAUUAUUUGAUAAGCCAUCAUGAUGUUAUAUGUGAUUGGUGCCUACGUGUUGUCUGUCCUUUUGUUUCCAGGAGCAGCCGGACAACUGAGAGCCCGCUUAGUCAACGGGACUUACUAUGGGGGGCGCCUGGAGAUUCUGUACAAUGGAGCCUGGAGCACCGUCUGUGAUGAUUCCUUUGAUAACGUUGACGCACAGGUGGCCUGCAGGAUGCUGGGAUUUUACAGCCCUGGUGCUGUAGCUGUGUUGUCCAACAUGUACGGCGAGGGUGAAGCAGUAUUCUGCUUGAUGAUGUUAACUGUCGGGGAACAGAAACCAGCUUGGAGCAGUGCUCACAUCCAGGGUACUACCGUCACAAUUGUGAACACCAAGAGGACAUUGGUGUCAUAUGCAAUAUCCCCGGACAGAUGACAGCUCGUUUAGUCAACGGAACUCAGUGGGCGGGGCGCCUGGAGAUCCUGUACAACGGGACGUGGAGCACAGUGUGUGAUGAUUUCUUUGGAGACGUUGACGCACAGGUGGCCUGCAAUAUGCUCGGCUUUUACAGUACCGGUGCCAUGGUCGUGAGCUCUGCCGCAUACGGGGCGGGGCAAGGAACUAUUUUGCUUGACGACGUGAACUGUAGGGGGGCUGAGACCAGCCUGGCGCAAUGUUCUCAUAGCGGAUACUACACCCACAACUGUCAGCAUAGCGAGGAUGUCGGUGUCAUCUGUAUUGCAUCAUCAGGUGGACAGCUAGCUGCUCGUUUAGUAAACGGAAGUCAGUGGGCGGGGCGCCUGGAGAUCCUGUACAACGGGACGUGGAGCACCGUGUGUGACGACAGAUUUGACAGCAACGACGCUCAGGUGGUCUGCAGGAUGCUUGGCCUUAACAGUGCUAAUGCCGUAGCCAUAGGCUAUGCAGCAUACGGGGAGGGUCAGGGCAGUAUUCUACUUGACGAAGUCAACUGCAAUGGAACGGAGACCAGACUGGAACAAUGUGCUCAUAACGGAUACUACAAUCAUGACUGUCGUCAUAGCGAGGAUGUCAGCGUCGUUUGUAGUGCUGACAAUUUUUUGACAGCACCAAGCGGACACUUAACAGCACGAUUAGUAAACGGAUCAUUAUGGGCGGGGCGGCUGGAGGUUCUGUACAACGGGACGUGGAACACAGUGUGUGAUGAUGAUUUUGGAGAUGUUGACGCACAGGUGGCGUGCAAGAUGCUCGGAUUUUAUGGUCCUGGUGCCAUGGCUGUCAGCCCUGCCACAUACGGGGCGGGUCAGGGCAGUAUUUUGCUUGACGACGUGAACUGUACGGGGAGAGAGUCCAACUUGGCGCAAUGUUCUCAUAGAGGAUACUACACUCACAACUGUAACCAUAACGAGGAUGUCGGUAUCGUCUGUAAAAGAACAAUCCCACUGCUAGCAGCUCGAUUAGUUAACGGAACCCAGAGGUCAGGGCGUCUGGAGAUCCUAUACAACGGGGUGUGGAGCACCGUGUGUGAUGAUGGCUUUGACAGCAAUGACGCUCUGGUGGCCUGCAGGAUGCUGGGCUUUAACAGUGUUGGGGCCACUGCUGUGGGGUAUGCCCGAUACGGGAUGGGUCAGGGAAAUAUUUUGCUUGACGACGUCAACUGUAUUGGAACAGAGACCAGCCUGGCCCAAUGUUCUCAUGCAGGAUACUACAAUCACAACUGUAACCAUUUCGAGGAUGUCGGAAUCAUCUGCAAUUACCCUGGUGCUGUAGCUGUGUUGUCUAACAUGUAUGGGAUGGGUCAUGGCAGUAUUCUGCUUGAUAAUAUUAACUGUCAGGGAACAGAAAGCAACUUGGAACAGUGCACCCAUCUAGGGUACUACCGCCAUGACUGUGGACACCACGAGGACGUUGGUAUCAUCUGCAAUAUCCCUGGUCAGCUGACAGCUCGCUUAGUCAACGGCACCCACAGGGCGGGUCGCCUGGAGAUUCUGUACAACGGGACGUGGAGCAAAGUGUUGCAGGCAUCCGCAAUAAAUCCGAAUGCUGCAGUCGUGGGCACUGCUGUCUACGGGAAGGGUCGAGGAAAUAUUUUGCUUGACGACGUAAAUUGUACGGGGACUGAGACCAGCCUGGCGCAAUGUUCUCACAGAGGAUACUACACGCACAACUGUAACCAUAACGAGGAUGUCGGUCUCGUCUGUUAUGCACAAGGCACACAACUUAAAGCACGAUUAGUAAACGGAACUCAGUGGGCGGGGCGACUGGAGAUCCUGUACAACGGGACGUGGAGCACCGUGUGUGAUGAUCACUUUGAAAACGUGGAUGCACAGGUGGCGUGCAGGAUGCUCGGCUUUCACAGUCCUGGGGCUGUAGCUGUGUCGUCCAACGUGUACGGCGAGGGUCAAGAAAGAAUUCUGCUUGAUGAGGUUAACUGUCGGGGAACAGAAAGCAGCUUGGAUCAGUGCUCCCAUCGUGGGUACUACCGUCACAACUGUGGACACCACGAGGACGUCGGUAUCGUCUGCAACAUUCACGGACAGCUGGCAGCUCGCUUAGUCAACGGCACCCACAGGGCGGGUCGUCUGGAGAUUCUGUACAACGGGACGUGGAGUACAGUGUGUGAUGAUGUCUUUGACACUGCUGAUGCACAGGUGGCCUGCAGGAUGCUGGGCUUUAAUAGUCCUAAUGCAUUAGCCGUGAGGUCUGCAAAGUACGGGGCGGGUCAAGGAACUAUUUUACUUGACAACCUGAACUGUACGGGGACGGAGUCCAGCCUGGCGCAAUGUUCUCAUAAGGGAUACUACAAUCACAACUGCCAGCAUAACGAGGAUGUUGGUGUCGUUUGUACUACUUCUACAGGAACACAGCUGUCAGCUCGGUUAGUAAGCGGAACACCAUGGGCGGGGCGUCUGGAGAUCCUGUACAACGGGACGUGGAGCACCGUGUGUGACGACCACUUUGACAACGUCGACGCACAGGUGGCCUGCAAGAUGCUGGGCUUUCACAGCCCUGGUGCUGUAGCUGUGUCGCCGGACAUGUACGGCGCGGGUCAGGGCAGUAUUCUGCUGGAUGAUGUCAACUGUGUGGGAACAGAAACAACUUUGGAUCAUUGCACCCAUCCAGGGUACUACCGUCAAAACUGUGAACAUAACGAGGACGUCGGUAUCAUCUGCAAUAUUCCUGGUCAGCUAACAGCUCGCUUAGUGAACGGCACUCGAUGGGCGGGGCGACUGGAGAUUCUGUACAACGGGACGUGGAGCACAGUGUGCAAUGAUCACUUUGACACUGCUGAUGCACAGGUGGCCUGCAGGAUGCUGGGUUUCAACAGUCCUGGUGCCAUGGCUGUGAGUUCUACAUACGGGGCAGGUCAAGGAACUAUUUUACUUGACGACGUGAAUUGUACAGGGACUGAGUCCAGCUUGGCGCAAUGUUCUCAUACAGGAUACUACACUCACAACUGUAACCAUAACGAGGAUGUCGGUGUCGUCUGUACAUCAGCAGGUGGACAACUUAAAGCACGAUUAGUGAACGGAACUCAGUUUGCGGGGCGACUGGAGAUCCUGUACAAUGGGACGUGGAGCACAGUGUGUGAUGAUCAGUUUGAAAACGUGGAUGCACAGGUGGCCUGCAGGAUGCUGGGCUAUAUCAGUUCAAGUGCCACAGCCAUGGGCGCUGCAACAUACGGGAUGGGUCAAGGCAGAAUUUUGCUUGACGACGUCAACUGUAAUGGAAUGGAGACCAGCCUGGACCAGUGUGGUCAUCGCGGGUACUACACUCACAACUGUAACCACAGAGAGGAUGUCGGUGUUAUCUGUAAUUAGUGGCAAGGGGAGUAUCCAUAUAAUUAUCUACGAACAAUAAUAAAGAUUCCUGUAUUUUUAAAGACUUUUACUGUACCUAAACAUUAGAAAAAUUGUUUAGUAAGUCUACAAUCCAAAGUCCAAACAAUAAUAACAUGGCAAUGAAUGCAGAAGUCACUGCGGUGAUAGGUUUAAAAAAUGAAAACUUAAAAAAGAAAUAAGCGUUACAUAAAGACAUAGAAAAUGAAAUUACUGUAUGUGGAAAAAAACUUCAGGAAAAGAAAGAAGCAGGCUGCUUAUUUGACAGACAGGAGAAAUCUCGUUACUAGCCAAAUGUAAUUAGUUAAGUCUAAAUAUCGCCUCAAACAUAAUUAGUAUAGCAAAGUGCUUUUUAAAAGUUGUGGAAAAACAUCUAGCAAUAUUUUUUUCGUUAGAUAAAAGACGAUUCCUUAUAUUAUCCUUAGGUCUUUGACAUCUUGAAAUAUUAAAAACAGAAAUGCAGUGUGGAAAAGGGAUAAAUUGUUGUAUAAAAAUGCUGGGAUUUAUUUUUAGUAAAACUAUGUGUGUGUAUGCUUUUGCCUUUUGACUUUAUGUGGAGCUAAUUUAUUUUUUUUUUGCCAUUAAAAACUACUGGGUAACAAUAAUGAAAGAUUUACUAUGAUUUUAAAAACUGUAAAAUAUGUUUAAAAUAAACAGUGAAACCAUC